UCGACACGGAUUGGCACUAUUUAAACGGCUCCUUAAAGGCCGAGGAGUGGAACAUGCUGUGCGUGGGCUUCACUGCCGCCCGUGACACUGACGCGCCCACGCCCACGCCCGAGGAAGCGCACUCACCACUAAAAACUUUGGAGGUGUGGCAAGUGUGGGCGUCCCUGCAGGGCGUUCCCCUGGAGGUGCCCCAAAGUGUCCACAGCUUCAAAGACCGGCCUUCGAUAAACUUGAACUUCAUAUGCAUUGGCAACAGUGAGCACCAUAACAACUCCUUCACGGGCUUCGUCACGGGCUUCACGCUGAAAGAGGGGGAGGGGGAUCUGACCCCCGACAACUGCAGCCUGCUGCUGGAGGAAAACCUGCUAAAGAUGCCGCUCGCUAACAACUGGCGACACAACAGUUUUGUCAUCGCCUUGGAGGAGAACCUGCAGGACCCUUGUAACACGACCGUGCUCACGCUGGUGCUGCACGAGGCCUGGGACCAUGACAAGGCGCAGCUCUGGUGUCGUAGCCUGGGCGGCCACCUCCCCACGCAGGAGGAGGCCGCCGCCUCGGACCUGGUGAACUUCAACUGCACCUCUGAGGAAUACCUGUCGUGGACGAGCGACGCCAGCGAGAGGGAGGAUGGUCCUGCCGCCAACUGCCCAGUGCUUUUGGCGAACGGCAGCAUGGAGCAGCGCGAAUGCCUCAGCGAGCUGAGGUGCAGCUUUUGCCUGGUGCCCAACGGUUUAUCCUACACGCUCUUCGGCGACCAAACAGACUUCGACCGCCACUACAACCUACGCGCGUGGCAAAACGGCUCCUUCUUCUUCCACGGCAAGACCAGCAACAUCACGCUCGGGGCGGCUGGCUGGACCCUGCAAUCCAGGCUGCACCGCCGCCACCUGCACCUCAACGGCAACGUGGGCGUGAUGGGGCGCCACACAUGGCGUUCCCAGAACCAGGCUCACGCCACGUACAAGCUCACCUUCACGGUGUGCAACGCCUUGCAGUUCUCCACCAACGACGGCGUGUGUCUGAGGCGCAGCGAGCGCUGUGACGGGCUCUUCCAAGGCCCUGACAAGAGUGGCGAGGAGGGGUGCGGCAGGCGGCGCCACCUGGGCAGGAACGAGCACUAUAGCCCCGACACCAGGCCACGCCACGUCACCAAUUCCACCCUAUACAACAAUUCCAGAGUCUGGCUGGUGCACAAGAUGAAAGCCGAGAAGGACACUGCCACCGUGGAGAUUACCACGGUGCUGCAAUGGAUGGACGACAGGCUCAAGUUUAUUGACCCCAGGAAACAUGCUAACAAGUUCCCCUGCCACCUGAUCUGGACACCAGACAUCGCCAUCUCCGCGGGGGACACCGACGGGCCCGCCGUGUACCCCACCACUAACAACACCGUCUGCUACUUCAACUGGCCCUUCGAUUCACCACAGAAGCUCGAGAUGGACGACCCUUUCAUGGGUGAGCCUUGGGCGGUCGGGUGGGGUGGGGGAGGGCAGAGCUAGGUGGGGCGGGGCGGGGCGGGGAUUGCUUUAAGUAGAGGU